UUCAAACUGACUACUAAACAGGAACCCAAAUCUUUCUCUUUUUAUUAAAAUUCCAAAUUCCAAAAUACAACUCUUCAAGUCAUGGUUAAGGUUGUGGAGGACAUUUUCGGGAUUGCGGUGAAUCCCUUCAAUAAACAGGCCCAGGUGAUUCGACGCUAUACGAUAACGAACACCAAUCGGCUGUCGGUGUCGAUACUCCAACUGGGCGCCACAGUGCACAGCAUCAACGUCCCCGAUGCGUACCACCAAUUGGCGGACGUUGUCCUGGGAUUCGACGAUGUGGCCGGGUAUAGCAAGUACCGCGACUACAAGUUCGGCUGCUGUGUGGGUCGGGUCUGCGAUGUGGUCAACAACGGGGAGUUCAUCAUGGACGAGCGGCGGGUCAUUAUCUCGAAGAAUCUCGACGAGAAACACCAAAUCGAUGGCGGCUACGUGGGCUUCGAUAAGGUCAUCUGGGACUUGCACAUGAAGCGGCCCGACGGGGUCACACUGCGGCACGUAUCGAAGGACGGGCACGAGGGCUUUCCGGGCAAUCUGACCGUAAUGAUUCACUUCACCAUCGACGACGACAAUAGGUUCUUCAUUCGCAUCGAGGCCACCACCGAUCAGACCACGGCGGUGAACAUCUCCAACCACAUCUACUUCAAUCUGGCCGGUCAGACCACUGGGCUCGAUGGUAUCUUCCAGCACAGGAUAACCAUCGAAUCGGACGAAACAAUGGAGACGUUGGAGGGAGAGAUCCUGACCACGGGUCAGUUCAAAGACGUAACCGAUUCCGUCUACGACAUCCGGCUGCCCGUCUUCAUGGGCGACAGGGUUCGGCAGUUCGAGAAGAGCUUCAUUCCCGGCUACGAUGUGUGCUACGCCAUCGACAAGGAGUUCGAUGCCAAUAUAACGCGAUAUGUUGGCCGGUUUCUACAUCCCGAAUCCGGCCGGUUCAUGGAAAUCUACAGCAACCAGCCGAGCAUACGAUUUGCCACCGCCAACGAUUUUCCGCAGGAACUGCACGGCGAGGAGCCGAUUCUGGGCAAGAAGUGCACUCGCUACUGGCAGCACGCCGGCUUCAGCCUGCAGCCCCAAAACUAUCCGGAUGCUGUGAAUCAACCGGACUUUCCCCGCAUCUUCAUCAAUCCGGGUGAGAACUACUUCCACGAGACCAUCUACCACUUUGGCGUUCAAGAGUCAUGGAAGUGCUGCGCCGAACCGGAGGAACUCGAAGAAAUGGACGAGGAACCUAUCACCAUCUAGUUCUAUCCUGUUUAUUAUCGACUGACUGUGCUGUUUACCCUUUUCGGCUUAUAAUUAGUAAAUAAAAUGAGAAAACCAAAAAAUAAACAA